ACAAUCGAGAUGGCUCCUCUGCGUCGUGUUGUCCUUGUCGCUGUCCUGGUUACCGUGCUCGUCUUGCACACAGUGGACGCAGGCUUCAAGCUCAAGAAAUUGGCCAAAGCCGCGCUCCUGGGUGCUGCCAUCGCGCCUCGUUUCGUGCCCAUCCCGAUCCCGCACCACGUUCACGGUCACCACCACCACGGUCAUCACCACAAAGAACACCACAUCCAUGUCCCUAUCCAUCACCACCACGAGGGACACCAUCAUGGACACCACGAAAUCAUUCAUCAUGACAGCCACGGACACGGAGGUUGGGACCACGGUGGCUGGUGAAGCGGGCUGUGAUCGGUAAAGGAUCGAGCCGUCCUCUUCGUGCUUCGACAAUGUGGUGUGCUCGGUUGUCAGUCUCAGAGGUGAUCUGAUGCCGAUUCCGUACUACUCUGCUAGUCGUUGUCGCUGUUAACGCUGUCCUUGGUUCUUGUGGUCAUCGUCGUUGUCAUAGUCGUAUCAGCCGAUGUCGUCCUAUGCAUGCUCCCGUGCACCUUUGGUCUCGUGUUUCUCACAGAGAGAGUUGGAUCGGGGCUGAUGCUUUGCCGCUGGUUGGGAAGCUGUGCUCCUCGGCAAGCCGAACUGAUGCACUCUCUUCCGCAGCAUCUCGCUCUGCGGGGUACUGCCGAUGUGUGCUAGUAUGCUACUUGUUGUAUAUAGGUCUGUUUAUACAUAUGUCUACUUUUCGUGAAUUUCCCUGGACGAACUCAGCCUAAACCUGUAUAUACUCGCGGGCUCGUCUACCCCGGUCGAUCCUGGGUCGAACCUACGGAAUGUUUUUCAUGUCGUGUCGAUUAUCUGUGUUCGAGCCAUUCGAACAUCCGUUCCCUGUAAAUAAACAAAA